AUGGAAGAUAUAGAAAACAAUGAGAAAAAUGAGUGUGGAAAGAAAAUCAAGCAACAAAUUACAAUACCAUUUCAAUGGGAAGAGAUACCAGGAGCACCAAAGAAGGAUUGGAAGCCAAAACGCGAGCCUUUAAUACCUGUUCCGCUACCCAUGAAGUACAUUGCUUCCAUUCCCUUCAAAUGGGAGGAGAAACCCGGGACUCCACUCCGGUGUUUUGAUCAGGAACCGACAAAUCCCAAGACUCAAGAAACAGUGCCGGAAAACAUGUGCUUACCUUUACCUCCAGCAUACUUUACCAAGUAUGGGAAUGAGACCGAUGAAGAAGAUAGCUCGUAUGGUGAUGAUUAUGAUGAUCGAGAUUGGAUGUCAGAGUUGGAUUUUGAUGCAAUAAGUGUCCAAUCAGAGGAGUCCUUUUGCUCGGCUCCUUCUCUCCUUGCAAAUCGCCUCACACCUCUACGAAACCCGUAUGUAGAGCAACGGGUUGAUGGGUAUAUGGAGGGUCCACUUUCACCAGAAAGUAACAGCAGUCCGAAUAGCUAUGCAAAUAGAAAUACAAGCUUGAAAGGUGCUGCUUUUUUGGCACACCUCUUUCCAUUGUAUCCACCCAAGUCUGGGUUUCUUCAACAAGGAAAGAACCCUCAGGAGAAAAUGAGGCUUCCUGAGAGAAAAACUCCUACAACGGCAGAGCAUAAGAAACUAGUUGGAGAUGGCAGACGAAGUGGCGUGAUUAGGAGACCAUGUACCCUAGGAGAGCUCAUAAUGCAGAGUCGUAGAAGAAGUUUUCGCCGAAAAGCAGUUAAUAUGAAGAAGCAAUAUCAACAAAAGGAUUUCACAAAGAACAAACCUCAAGGAUGCUUCAAUAUUGUGGCGAGUGGCGGAGGACUAGCGAAAAUGCUGAGGAAGGACUUUCUGGCGUUAAAACUCUCUUAAGACAGCAUUUCAAGGAAUUCAUUUUGUGUAGAAGCUGCAUAUUCAUCAUUAGUAGGAAUGAAUUCUUCAUGUCUCGAUAAUCUUCUCGUCUAACAAGUUUCACCAAUAUAUUAUCAAAGAUCUUUACCAGUAUUGUACGCUUCCCUAAGAAUAUAAUAUCUGUACAUUUCUCUUGUAGACAAUUUGAACAAAAUAUCACCAACAAUCUUCAUAACUC